AUGUUAGGGAACAACCAAGACCCCAUUUCAAAGACUUUUUGGUACUGUAUUCCAACAGUAGAUUGGCCAGAUGCAGUCGAUGCACUCUGCCUUCUGUUCGAAGUCACAGGAUUUGUUUUAAAUAUACUUACAAUCGCCCUUCUUUUUCGAAUCCGGCAUGGGCCGACACAUUGUAUAAUUAUUCUUCGAACUCUUGCCAUUCAUUGUCUCCUCGUUUCCAUUGUCAACUUUUUAGAAGACGUCAAUCCAAACGGAGUUAAAACUGACAAUUAUGUCCUUGGUACUAUAAUAUGCGUCUUUUGGAAUGCUCGAUUCUUCUAUUGGAUUUUCCUUGUUGCCUCUAUUCAAUGCAUGACUAUUUUCUCCAUAGAUAGAGUACUGACCCUCUAUAAAUCGGAUCAUCUUCGAUAUACAGGUGCUAAAAGGCGUAUUGUUGUUUACGAGAUCACUAUUCAUGUGUUUAGCUUAUUUAUCACCCUUCCCCAAAUCCUAACGGUUAAUCUGAACAAUGGGGGCUGUGAUUGCGCCCCAAACACCAUAAAUAUUCCCUUUUUGGCAAUCAUCUAUGCCCAUGUAUUCAUCUGGUAUGCCAUGAUUUUCCUAAUUGACGGAGGGAUUCUUCUAUGCGCCGCUUAUUUUACUGUGAAAUGGAUUCGUGAGACACCAAAGAUGGAGCAGUUUGAUGACUUGAAUGAACUCAGUUUUGACGUGAUUAGAGAGCACGAACAUAAUUAUGAGAGGUACGUGGGAAAAGGAUAUGCGACUGCUUCGAUGUGUGUUGUGCCACUGGCCGUAAGUCACAUAAUCACCUUCUCCUAUGACUCAACUUACCAAUUCGCGAGCGCUUUGGGUUUGACUACCUUCAUCAUUAACAGCGUUCCUCAGAGAAUUGGCGGUCUCUUUCUUAUCAUCCAAGCCAACGUCAUACCCGCUAUUUUACUAUUCUACUUACCUCCUCUAAGGGAUUUUACUAUCACACGUAUUCUUGCUCCACUUCAUAUUGUUCAGAAGCAAAAGCAAUAA